AUGCUCAGUUCCCUCCGGCCAGUCCCUUCUUGCGCGCCCAUUUCGAGCCCGAAUGUCAAGCUCGACUUUGGGGACUUGAGAAUCCCGCACAUAUUUUCCAGGACUAGAUUCUUGGCUAUGCCGGCAGGAAUGGCGCAGCUGGAGGGUUACUAUUUCUCGGCAGUCCUGAGCUGUACCUUUUUAGUGUCCUGCCUCCUUUUCUCUGCUUUCAGCCGGGCGCUGCGAGAGCCCUACAUGGACGAGAUCUUCCACCUGCCGCAGGCACAGCGCUACUGUGAGGGCCAUUUCUCCCUCUCGCAGUGGGACCCCAUGAUUACUACAUUACCUGGCUUAUACCUGCUGUCAGUUGGAGUGGUCAAACCUGCCAGUUGGAUCUUUGGAUGGUCGGAACACGUUGUCUGCUCCAUUGGAAUGCUCAGAUUUGUUAAUCUUCUCUUCAGUGUUGGCAACUUCUAUUUACUAUAUUUGCUUCUCCGCAAGGUGCAACCCAGGCACAAGGCUGCCUCAAGUAUCCAGAGAAUCUUGUCAACAUUAACAUUAGCAGUAUUUCCCACACUCUAUUUUUUUAACUUCCUUUAUUAUACAGAAGCAGGAUCCAUGUUUUUUACUCUUUUUGCCUACUUGAUGUGUCUAUAUGGAAAUCAUAAAACUUCAGCCUUGCUUGGAUUUUGUGGCUUCAUGUUUCGUCAAACAAAUAUCGUCUGGGCUAUCUUCUGUGCAGGAAAUGUCAUUGCACAAAAGUUGACUGAAGCUUGGAAAACUGAACUACAAAAGAAGAAAGAAGAGAGGCUUCCCUCUAUUAAAGGACCAUUUUCAGAAUUCAGGAAAAUUCUUCAGUUCCUUUUGGCUUAUUCCAUGUCCUUUAAGAACUUGAGUAUGCUUUUCCUUUUGACUUGGCCCUACAUCCUUCUAAUGUUUCUGUUUUGUGCUUUUGUGGUAGUUAAUGGUGGAAUUGUUAUUGGUGACCGGAGUAGUCAUGAAGCCUGCCUACACUUUCCUCAGCUAUUCUACUUUUUCUCUUUUACUCUCUUUUUUUCCUUUCCUCACCUACUGUCUCUUAAGAAAAUCAGGUCUUUUCUUUGCUUAGUUUGGAAACGGAGAAUUCAGUUUUUUGUGAUUACUUUAGUCUCCAUAUUUUUAGUUUGGAAAUUUACUUACACUCAUAAAUACUUGCUAGCAGAUAAUAGGCAUUAUACAUUCUAUGUGUGGAAAAGAGUUUUUCAAAGAUAUGAAAUUGUGAAAUAUUUGUUAGUUCCAGUUUAUAUAUUUGCUGGUUGGAGUAUCGCUGACUCAUUGAAAUCAAAGUCGAUAUUCUGGAAUUUAAUGUUUUUCAUAUGCUUAUUCACCAUUAUAGUACCUCAGAAACUGCUAGAAUUUCGUUACUUCAUUUUACCCUAUGUUAUUUAUAGGCUUAACAUACCUCUGCCACCUACAUCCAGACUUGUUUGUGAGCUGGGUUGCUAUGCAGUUGUGAAUUUCCUAACUUUUUAUAUCUUUCUGAAUAAGACUUUUCAGUGGCCAAAUAGUCAGGACAUUCAGAGGUUUAUGUGGUAAUAUCAGAAAUAUCUUGAACUCUAAAAAUAGACUUAUUAUUUAGACUAUUUCCAUAAUGAAAACUAAGUAGAAACUUUGAAAUUUCUUUUAGGCACCAUGGUGUUCCGCAGAUCACAUCAGAUUUUUUGUGCUUUAAAUAUCAGAAAUAUGUAUUUUAAAUAUAGAUAUAUGUGAAAUAUGUAUAUAUAUAUAUAUAUAUAUAUACAUAUAUAUAUGUGUAUAUAUAUGUAUAUAUAUAUAUUUAUGACCCAAGGAAGUUAAAUGAUAAAGAAGUGAGAAAAGUUUAAGACUUGCUCCAUAAGCCUGAAUAAUGAUGGGAAAGUAAAAUUAUUCAUAGCUAUCUCAUGAUAUUUCUUUGAUACUGUUGGCCACUCAGAAAGCUUGGAAACUUUUUUGUAUACAAGUUUAUUUAUUAAUUCUCUUCAGAAAAAGUAGCAAAGUCUUUGAAAAAUAUUUACAAAUGAUUAGGUAAUAUUAUUGAUUGAAAAUUUGUUUAACAUUUUAGUAAA